AUGGGUAAGGUUGGAAAUUCGACCGUGACAAGAAAAUGUGACGGCAGAGUGACUUCAAAUUUUCAACAUAUAAUCUUGAGAAGAUGAGUUUUAAUCACUGGAAAUUUUAGCCCACGUUUAGCAAGGGAAUUUGAAAUAUCUGGCGAUAUUUACAGACACUAUGGGAAAUGAGGAGAGUCGGUCAAACAGAAAUUGACCAGUAAAAGAGCCAGGUUUUCGCUGUGUGAAAGCAUUUUAAUUAGUUUUUUUAAUAGGGAAAUAACUUUUUACCUUCUGUCUGCGCUAAAUCUACGAGAGAAACACUUGACCCAAAAUGAGUCAAGUCUUUCUCUUGGUUCAAAAUUUUGAGUGAAAAAUUGAAAUUCCCAAGAUUUCUUAUUUUUUGAGCUAAAUUUACAUAAAUUGACCUUAAAAGUCGAAUAACCACAAUUUUUCCCCAAAAAUCCGGAAUUCUCAAGGAUAUUCAAAUUUUGGAGAGCUCAAAAAUCCAAAUUGUUCUCAGUCCUGUGUGUGAGUGAGUGUCAACCGGUCGGUUUCUCGUCUCUUGGUUCCAAUCCCGGCUAUUUGGAGAUCAAGUAAGGAUUACGGUAGUUUUCGUGGUGGAACCCAGAAUUUAUAUCCUUAAUUUUGAAAAAAUGUGAUAGGUGACCUAUCAAAGUAACAGAUUUACUCUAUUGGUUUACAGAAUGUUUAAAUCCAUCGUUUUCCUCAUCUUCCUUAUCGCUCUCGCCACUGCCGAGGAUGUGCAUGGUCGUUGUGAGCGCUAUUCCAAGGCCUUUGCGGAAGCUUUGGAGGGGCAUGCCCAGUCUGAGGAAGAGCGCAAUUUCGUGGUAAACGAAGAGUACAGUAGUGCUAUGGCUUAUGUGGGUUUUAAUUUUUGCAUUUUAAAUUUUUUCGUUGAAAAGAUUUUUGCAAAUCCCAUAGAUAAAGAGUAAUUUUUAGAAUGUAAAACUCCUUUUUUAUAUUUAUUAAACCCUAUUCUUCGCCUUUCUACCUUUCAUUCCGCCUAAUUUUGCAUUUGUGGCAGAGGGGAAGACUUGACCCAACUUGGGUCAAGUCUUCCCCUCGUUACGAAAGAAUCUCAGCAAAUCGCGUGAGCCCGUUUGGGAGUAAAAUACGAUAAUUCAUCGUCUUAUUUUUUUAGUGCCGCAAACAUGGACUCUGUGAAACGCCCUGCUACCGUGAGAUCUUCACCUGUCUGGAUGCCCAAAGAAUCUUCGACUUUGUCAUCCCCAAACUGAACGAAUGCUGCAAAAAGUGCCACGGCAUAAAAACCUAAGCCCUCUUUUAUUUUUGAUAAAUGUUUGUAUUCGAAAUGGUCGGGCUCAUUCCAGGGGAACACUUGACUCGGUCUGGGUCAAGUUUUUCUCUCAUUACUGAAAACGCAAAAAACGGGCAUCCAAGUGCACCAUCGCAAUGUACAUCGCUAAUAUGCAAAAAACAUGACAAGAUUACAUAAUUUACGGCAUGAAAAUCUAAAAAAAAUCAACUUUUUUUCAGAAUUUUUUGGGAAAGAAAUUCUCAAAAUCUCCACUACGUGAGACGCGGCUUUUAAUUCACUCACGCUCCCGGAACAUUCAUUUCCCACAAAUUUUCUCCAAAAAAUCCGGAGUUCUCAAGGAUAUUCAAAUUUCGGAGACCUCAAGAUACGAAAUCCUAGUUGUAGCUUAGUCCUGUGUGUGAGUGAGUUUCAACCGGUCGGAUUCUCGUUUCUUGGUUCCAAUCCCGGCAUAUUUGGAGAUCAAGUAAGGAUUACGGUAGUUUUCGUGGCGGGACCCAGAAUUUAUAUUCUUAAUUUUGCAAAAAUGGGAUAGAGAUUUUUCCAGUAAAAAUGGGUUGAGGAUUUCCGGUUGAGGGAGCAAAUUUACUCUAUCAAAUUUACAGAAUGUUCAAAUCGAUCGCUUUCCUCACCUUCCUUAUCGCUCUCGCCGCUUCCAUAAAAAUUUGUCCCUACUCCGACGACUUCAUGGAAACCUUACCAAAGGUUGUCAAAGAUGAGAAAAGGCGCCAUAUCGUGGUCGACAAAGAGUACAAGAAGUUCAAGGAUUUUGUGAGCCCUCAUUUACUUAACUUUUUUCGUUGAAAAAUCAAUUUACACAAUAUUAUAGGGUAAUAUAUGGUAUGUGAAAGUUUUUUUCUAUCUUUUAUGAACUCUAUUUUUUGCUUUGCUAGCUUUUAUUCCACCUAAUUUUGCAUUUGCGACGGAGGGGAAGACUUGACCCUAAUUGGGUCAAGUGUUCUCCUCAUCACCAAAAUAUCUCAAAAACCGGGUAAAGCCCAGCCCUACCAAAAAACUAGGGUAGAAUAGGAUAACUAAUCAUUUUAUUCUUUAGUGCCUCCGCCAUGGAACGUGUGAUACGCUCUGCUACCACGAUAUCUUGGCCUGUCUGGAUUUCCAAAGAGUCUCCGACUUUGUCAACCCAGGACUGGACUUUUUAUGCUGUUAUACGUGCGGCGGAAGAGCCUAG